AUGGUAGGUGCCAUCGUAGGACUGAAAGCAGGAAAGCCUCGAAAACAGCAUGUGUUUCAGGAUUCUCAAAAGGAGAAUAUUGUGCUUACUCUCCUCAUUCGACUGGACACCAAGCUCCACACUCAAAUGUGCUUUCUACUCAGUCAGCUCUCCAUCAUUGACAUGAUGUACAUCUCCACCACUGUGCCCAAGAUGGCAGCUAACUUUCUGUCCAACAGUAAGACCAUUACAUCUUUGGGCUGUGAGACUCAAACAUCUGUGUUCCUGGCCCUUGGUGGAACUGAAGCCCUUCUUCUCAGUUUCAUGUCUUAUGAUCGCUAUGCAGCCAUCUGCCAUCCCUUACAUUACCCAACUCUUAUGAACAAGACGACUUGCUGCUUCCUGGUUGCUUGUGCAUGGACCAGUAGUUCUAUCAACUCUUUAGUACCUACACUAUAUGUAUUUCAGCUUCCAUUUUGUAGAUCUCGGCCCAUUAACCACUUUUUCUCUGAAGUUCCAUCCUUAUUGCUAUUGGUGUGUAAGGACACCUCCCGGUAUGAGUAUACCAUCCUCUUGAGUGGACUUACUAUUCUGCUGCUGUCAUUCAUGACCAUUCUAGCUUCCUCUGCUCGAGUGCUUACUGUGAUAUUCCAGAUGAGCUCAGUUAAAGGGCAAACUAAAGCUGUUUUCAUUUGUUCCUCCCACCAGAUUGUGGCAAGUUUAUUCUAUGUGACAGGUCUUUUUACCUACACAAGGGCACACUCUUUGCAGUCUUCUUCACAGGAUAGGACAGUGGCAGUAUUUUACAGUCUCCUGAAUCCAUUUAUCUACACUUUGUGGAAUAAGAAGGUUAUGGGAACUGUGAAGAGACUGCUGAGAUAA